GAGAGGAAAGAAAAUCUCAUCAACACUACAUUUUUGUAAUAAUGGCAAUGAGAGAGUUCCAAUAUGAACCAUUAAUGUCCAACAACAAUAAUGGGCAUGUGGCAGCCAUCUUUGGGGUCACCGGGGUUGUGGGGAGGGAAUUGGCAAGAAGGCUCACAGCAUCAAAAUCUGAAUGGAAAAAGGUUUAUGGGAUUGCCCGGAAUCCUUGCCAUAUCAAUCCCACAUUAAACCAACCCAACUUUCACUUCAUCCAAUGUGAUCUAGAGAACCCUUUUGAAGCCCACCAAAGGCUGUCCUUGCUAAGCGACGUGACUCACAUUUUUUGGGUCACUUGGGCUAGCCAAUACCGAUACGACAGCCGAGAAAGCUGCGAGCAGAACAAAGCCAUGAUGGUCAAUGCCCUCAAUGCUCUUCUUCCCAAGGCCAAAUUUUUGAGGCACUUUUCUCUACAAACAGGGUUAAAGCAUUAUAUAUCUUUUCAAGGACCUUUCCAUGAUGAGGAUGAGGAGUAUGGAGUUAGAUUUUACAGUGAGGAAAGCCCCAGGAUGAGGUCUGAGAACGGCAAUUUUUACUAUGAUCUUGAGGAUUUACUCAAGGAGAGGCUAAGAAACAGAGUGGCUUGGGCCAUUCAUAGGCCUGGCUUGAUAACAGGUAUUUCUACUAGGAGUUUUUACAAUGUUAUGGGUUGUUUAGGGGUUUAUGGAACUAUUUGUAGGCAUUUGAAAUUACCCUUUUUGUUUGGUGGGACAAAAAAGUGUUGGGAAGAGUUCGUUCUUGAUGGGUCGGAUGCUAGGCUUGUAAGUGAGCAACAUAUUUGGGCUGCCACCAAUGAAGAUGUAUAUGAUUCCACUAAUGGGCAAGCUUUUAAUUGUAUAAAUGGUCUUGCUUUUACAUGGAAAGAGAUUUGGCCAAGUUUGGAGGAACAGUUUGGAGCUGAAGUAGUACUACCAAAAGAUGACAUGUUAUUGUUCUCUGAGGAGUUUUAUUAUUCCAAAGCCAUGGUUGAUAAAGGGAAAGUUUGGGAAGAGAUUGUUGAGAAGGAAGGACUUGUUGAAACGAAGAUGGAGGAUUUGGCCAAUUGGGAAUUCUUGGAUACUUUGUUUCGUUGCCCAUUUAAAAUGUUGGGAACAAGAGAUAAGGUUGAUCGUUUUGGUUUUAGUUUGAGAUAUAAAACUUUGGAUUCAAUCUUGUAUUGGUUAAAGUCCAUGAGAGAUGAUAAGAUUAUCCCUUGAGAAUGACGAUAGAAAUCUUUUUGACUUUUUUUAAAUAUUAAUGUAAUGGUGUGGGAGAAUGUGGAGCUCCAUCCAUCAACCCACACAUUUGUUUUAUUGAAAAAUGAUAGUAAAAACUAUGUAUUAAUGGGGUGAGAGUUUGUCAUAUAUAUAUUUACUUGUUCGUGAAUCGUAAUAGUAAUAGAUGUUAUAAUGAUCAAUAAAAUAAUAUGCAUAUAUAUUAAUUCCUUGACCUCUACUUGAGUGUCUCCUUCUUUUACUCAUCUUGUCUUUUGAG